AUGGCUCGCUUCAGUCUGUCUCUCUUUACCGUCUUCCUCGUCCUCGCCGCAUUCGCGAUUGCCCUACCGACAAAGCGUGAUGCGGACCAGGCGAGUGAUCCCUUAGCCGGUACUUUGGGCAUGUUGGAUCCCGUCACAAACAUAAUGCAAGACCUGGGCCUGGAUUCUCAGCCCUCGUCGUCAGCCCACGCCUCUGCAGCCUCUGCCACUAGCGCCCCAACCUCAACACCGAGCCAGCGGGCUGCAUCGAAGCCGGACCGGACGCAGCAGGGGCGCAAGAUGAUCAAGCCCGCCGUCGGCGAACCCACCAAGACGGACAAGGAGCCGUAUACGGGCAACUUCGUCACUCCGACUGCGAGUGAGACUCCAGCGCACCACUAUGACAACCCUAGCCCUCUAGAUAAGAUUCCCAUUGUCGGUAAGCUGCUGAAGGGUGGCGGUCUUUUCUAA